UGGAGCCGCGUCUUCUGGCAGAGGGAGACCUGCCACAUCGGAGGUGAGAGGGGGGUGGCCCUGGGGGCCGGGCUGGAUGGGGGCGAGACAGUUGAUCUUCUCACCAGUUCAGAGACACCCAGUUCACCAGGCCCACUGCCGUCUUCUUUGCCCUUGGACUGGUGCCACCACAGGGGUGAAGGAUGCUGCUCUGGGUGUUCUUCCUCGUCACCCUCACCCUCAGCAGCGGCUCCCUCAGCUCCCUGCCCUCCCAGCCCCUCAGGAUGCCGCGGUAUGCAGAUGCCAUCUUCACCAACAGCUACCGGAAGGUGCUGGGCCAGCUCUCUGCCCGAAAGCUCCUCCAGGACAUCAUGAGCAGGCAGCAGGGGGAGAGAAACCAGGAGCAAGGAGCAAGGGUACGGCUUGGCCGUCAGGUGGACAGCAUGUGGGCAGACCAAAAGCAGAUGGCAUUGGAGAGCAUCCUGGCGACCCUGCUGCAGGAGCACAGGAAUUCCCAAGGAUGAAGAUUCUGCCUGUGUUUUCUGCUACCUGCAGCCGAGACAAAACUGCAUCCAGUUAAAGCUAUUUAAUUUCUGACCUGCUUUUUCCUUUAUAAAUACAAUAAAAUUCCCCCAUACUGGUCUGCA